UCCUGCUCACAGCCAUUAUGAGCUGUGUGCAGACGUCUGCUCUGCUGCCUGUCCUGGGCUCACUAACAUAAUCCAGUGUCCUCAAACCUGCACUGAGGGCUGUGCUUGUGACAGUGGUUAUCUUUUUGAUAGCCAGCAGUGUGUUGAACACCAGCAAUGUGGAUGCUAUGAGCAGGGACGCACGUUUAAGGCUGGGGAGGUGGUUUACCUGGACCAGUGUGAGCAGAAGUGUCAAUGUGAUCCAGGGAAGGGAGUUUCCUGUGAGAGAGUCAACUGUCCCAACGACACACAGUGUUUACUGAGAGCGGGAGUGUGGGCCUGCUAUCACUUAGAUCCAUGUCAAGACAUCCACUGUCGAGAGAAAGAGACAUGCCGCUUUGAAAAUGGCAAGGCCGUGUGUGCGCCCCUGUACAACAGGACCUGCUGGGCAUGGGGUGAUCCGCACUACCACACCUUUGAUGGCUAUUACUUUGACUUCCAGGGCACCUGCAGAUACGUCUUGUCUGAGACCUGUGGGAAUCUGAGCGGACUGGCGCCCUUCUCUGUGAAACAAAGCAAUGAAAACCGUGGCAACCCUGAUGUGUCUUAUGUGCGGGAGGUGGAGGUUAUUGUACAUGGCAACACACUUACUGUGGUGAACCAUCAGAAGGGACAGAUCAUGGUGGAUGGUUUGGUGUUUAAUCUUCCACUUGAUCUUCAUGAUGGCCGUGUGAGGGUGCGAGAGAGUGGUAAUGCUGUGUUUUUGGAAACUGAUUUUGGUCUGCGCGUCUCUUAUGACUGGGAUUCAAGGGUCGACCUGCAGCUGCCUAGCAGUUACUAUGGAGUUGUGUGUGGCCUGUGUGGAAAUUUCAAUGGUAAUGCUGGAGAUGAGCUGAGAAACCCUGCUGGAAACCUACUGCCAAGUUUGUACCAGUGGGCCAAGAGCUGGAGAGCAGAAGACAAUGUCACAUCUGCAUGCCAUGAUGGCUGUGAGAACGGCUGUCCUGUUUGUGCUCCUCACAUUCGUGCCCUGUAUGAAACAGACGAUUUCUGUGGUGUCCUGACUUCUACAGGUCUGAGUGUCUUUAAUGCAUGUUAUGCUAAAGUGAACCCACAGGCCUUCCAGCAAAGCUGUGUGUAUGACCUGUGCUUCAGUAACGGAGACCGAAGAAUUCUCUGCCAGGCUCUGGAGACCUACGUCACUCGGUGUCGACAAGAGGGCGUCAUUAUUACAGAUUGGAGAGAGAAAUUCAAUUGCUCUAUGAGCUGCCCACCGAACAGUCAUUAUGAGGCCUGUGCGUCUCCGUGUCCAGUAACAUGUCCGUACCCAGAUCAGCAGCAUUAUUGCACUGACACCUGUGUGGAAGCCUGUGUUUGUGACAGCGGUUUUGUCCUCAGUGCUGGCGCUUGUGUGCCCACCAAUCAAUGUGGCUGUUCUUUCGAAGGCGCCUACUACCAGCAAGGCCAAACGUUCUGGGCAGAUGAUCAAUGUCAUCGGCUUUGUGAGUGUGACCGUAACUUGAGAGUCGUGGUGUGUCGUGAAUCUUCCUGCGCCUCUGGUGAGAGUUGCUCAGUUGUUAAUGGAAGUCGCGGCUGUCAGCCAAUGAGCUCUGCUGUAUGUGUAGCUUCAGGAGACCCACAUUACCACACAUUCGACGGACUUCGUUUUGACUUCCAGGGAACAUGCGUGUAUCAGUUGGCAGCCCUGUGCAUUGAUAAAGAGGCUCUUGUACCUUUUAAUGUGACCGUUCAGAAUGAACAUCGUUGGAGCAGAGAAGUGAGCUUCACUAAAACUGUCAAUGUGUCUGUGAAUAGAUUCACCAUCACGAUGACCAGAGAACAUCCGUAUCAAAUACUGUUUGAUGGCCAGUUAGCAGAACUUCCCUUUUUGAUGCAAGAUGUGUUUAUAGUUUUCCGCAGUGGUAACACUGCUGUGUUGAAGACAAACUUUGGUCUCCAGGUGACCUUUGACUGGUCCAGUGUGGUGAGGGUCACUUUGUCUAACAAUUACAGCGGUGCGGUGUGUGGCCUUUGUGGGAACUUCAAUGGUGUGGUUCAGGAUGAUCUUGCAAUGCGCAAUGGUAUCAUGGCACCCAAUGCCAGUAGUCUGGGACAGAGCUGGCAGGUUGCCGCAACACCUGAAUGUUCAUCAGCUGGUUGCCUUGGCAUUGGAUGCUCAACCUGCCCUGCAACCCAGAGGGAGAACGCCCGACGCUAUUGUGAGAUUAUCACAAACCAGACAGGACCUUUCAGAGAAUGUCACGCCCAGAUUGACCCCGGAUCUUACGUAGAGGAUUGCAUAUUCGACACCUGCCACUUCCAAGGACAUCAGGCUGUGUUGUGUGACGCAGUGGCAGCCUAUGCUUCUGCAUGUCAGAGUCAAAGUGUCACAGUUCACCCGUGGAGAAAUGCUACUUUCUGCCCUCCUUCCUGCCCACCCAACAGCCACUACAACCUCUGUGCUCCAGGCUGUACUGAGACCUGCGUUAAUCUCUCUGAGCUCAACUGCAGCAGACCCUGUGCUGAGGCCUGCCAGUGUGAUCAUGGGUACAUCUUGAGUGGCCAAACCUGUGUGCCACAAGCAGAAUGUGGCUGCUUCUAUCAGGGACGUUAUUACAACCAACACCAGAUGUUUUACGUACAUGAGCAGUGCUUGGAGCUCUGCAGGUGUGGAGAAAAUGGAACCGUUUCCUGCCAGACAUCAAGUUGUGGGCCAGGAGAAGCUUGCAGGGUGGUGAAUGGAGUAUUAGGAUGCCACCCUGUCAGUUACGGAAGAUGUGUGGCCACUGGUGACCCUCACUAUUUUUCUUUCGAUGGCAGGAGGUUUGACUUUCAAGGUGCAUGUGCUUAUACACUUGCUAAGGUGUGUGAUCAGAUCGGAGGACGGCUGAUUAAUUUUUCUGUGGACACCACGAAUGAGCAGAUUGGAAACAUAGGGGUUUCUGUCAUCAAGAACGUGACUGUGACUGUCUACAACUUGACAAUUACCAUCAGACGAGGUGAACGCUGGAGAGUCAUCGUAAACAAUGAGUUUGUCAACCUCCCUUCAUCGCUUGGCCAUCAAGUCACCAUUAACCAGGUUGGUUUCACUGUGAUAGUGCAAACUGAUUUCGGCUUGAGAGUUCUGUAUGAUGCCAGUUACCAUGCAGAAGUCCAUGUACCCUCAAACUAUCAAGGCAGAAUAUGUGGCCUGUGUGGCAACUACAAUGGCAACCCAGCUGAUGACUUCUUGUUGCCCAAUGGGACCCAAAGCUCCAGUGUAGAUGCGUUCGGACAGGCAUGGGCAUUGCCGGAAAAUGGUGUUCAGUGCCGAGGCGGAGGUUCCCAGAAGCAGUGCACUGAGACAGAAGCUGAGAGAUACAGCAGAGAUGAUGCCUGUGGCCUUAUGGCAACUGCCGCCGGUCCUUUCAGUGCUUGUCAUGGUUGGGUGAAUCCUCAGCCCCAUGUGAUUAACUGUGUAUUUGACAUGUGUAUUAUGGAUGGAGAUAGAGCUAUACUAUGUCAAAAUCUUCAGGCUUAUGCCAUUAUCUGCCAACAAGCAGGGAUACAAAUCAUGCCAUGGAGAAAUAUUUCAUUCUGCCCGGCCAAUUGUCCAGCUAACAGUCACUAUGUACAGUGCUCUAAUAACUGUGCCAACACCUGUGCCAGCCUUAGUGGGUCCGUUAACAACUGCCCAUAUAUUUGCACGGAAGGCUGUCAGUGUGAUGAAGGUUUGCUCUCAGAUGGUGAUAAGUGUGUGUCUGUGGGAGACUGCGGAUGUGUCCAUAAUGGCAAAUAUCUAAAGGUUGGGGAAGUCUCACUGACUGACGACAUGAAGUGUGUGUGUCAUUCCGCCGGGGUGCUGGAGUGUGUGAAACAAGCCUGUGCCACAGGAGAUAUCUGUGAUGUUCAGGAUGGCAAACAAGAUGGUUACCCUGAGCAAGGCCACUGUGUAUUUGAUGCAGAUGACCAGUUGCUGUCAUUUGAUGGUGUAAAGGGGACGGUUGGCCGGCCAGGGGCCUUUCAAAUGGCUUUCUUAUGUGAUCAAGAGUCUCCUGACUGGUUCCGUGUGGUGUUAGAUGCACUUGCAUGUGCCAGGAAUGAUCCUAGUAAUGUGACAAUGGUCCACGUCUUCUUCCAGGACAUGAUCAUCACAGUCAACAAUCGCCGACACAGCUGGGUGAAUGGAAAGAAGGUCUCGUAUCCCUUUAUGCCUAAAGACGGGGUGUCAGUCUCAUACAGUAAUGAGGCUGUCGUCAUUGAGAAGAUGUCUACCAUGAGACUGACUUACUCUGUCACUGAAGGAGUCGUGUUAUCCGUAAACAGAGACCUGACACACAAAGUUUGUGGCGCCUGUGGCAACUUUAAUGGAGACGCUGCAGAUGAUAUGAGAACUUCUGAUGGGAGAAACUCCACUAUGGUGUCUCUGGUUGUAUCAUCCUGGCAGGCUGAAGACUUCUUUACAUGUGAUGUGUAACAAACCUGGGAGGAAGAUUUUGCUACCCCAGAGAUUUCUAUUAGGGAAAUUGUAAAUUGUAUUUAAUUGCACAUUGGGGUUUAAAAUGACGCUUUGGUCUAAACUGAAUGAUUUCUACAUACUCACGUUUUAGUCUGAUCUUAUUUCUGCACUUUUAUGAUUUGAGAUGAUGUACAUUAAAAUACACUUCUGAAAUCUACCUUCAAAAUUUUCUAGGAGUGUUUUUCAUAUUUUUGUUCCAUCUUGAUUAAUUAGAUAUGCAAACUACACAAAGCCCCGGUAGAUGGCAGCAACCUUCCUUACAAUUCCUACUACAUUUUUUUUUUUUUUUUUUUUUUUUUAAACACGCCGUAUUAUAGAACUAGGUCAAACAAACGUAUCGUAAUUAAUGUCCAUAUGUCUUUCAGCUAGUUACAUCACAUAGCUUAUUCAAUAUUAAUGAGAAAAUGUUUUCAGUGUAGUAAUUUCUGAGAAAACAAAAAGGUACUCUGCACAGUCGCAAUUUUUUUCUUCAGAUUGAGUGUUCGACACUCAGUUUGCCUGUUUGACACAUGAAUGAUUCUCUCAUGCGGCUGAAUUUCACUCUGAUAUGUUUCGACAAUGUUCGUACGGAUCAUUACAGAACGCUUUCUACGCAUGAAAUCGGAGACACAUUAAAAAUCUGACUGAAUUACCCCAGUGCGCGCGUUCUGCUUCGAUUCCGUCAACAUCGACUGCUGCUGUUCAAAAGGGAAAGUAAAAGCUCGUGCAGCGCUCGGGUGCAUCUCUCAGCUGUCCACGAGUUGAUACAGAAACCGAGUAUUUUUUUUCAACAUUAAAACACUUUUUGGGUAACAGAGCUGGUGCCGAACCUUUGAUUUUCAGCAAAGCAAUGAAAUUGAGAAUUAAAAUAUAAAGAGGAGGAGAUAGCGACUGUUAAAUGUCUUCCUUGUUGUUCGAUCUGAUGUGGGGCUGUCUUAACGGUCCGGAUAGCAUCAUUUAAACUAACGGAUCUCUACUACAUUCUGUUGGAACAGCUGAAUCA